UUAACUGCAAAGUCACUCUCCAUGACAGCAAGGAGUCCAGAGGAACAAUGAAGUCUCUCCGAUUCAUUAGUGCUGAAGCAUUCGUGUCAAAUGCAGAGUUUGCCAGGAGGACUCUUGGUGGUGUAGCCCAUAAUCUUUUUCCUCUUCUUUUUAAAGCCAGCUAUUUACUGGAGCAAGGGGAAGUUAUUCAUGACUUGGUAAAGAACUGGCCACUUGCUGACUUUAACAUUGGAAAACUUUUGGGAACUACUGUGGACUACCAGGAAGAUCUGAGCCAUAGAACAUGCUCAGUGUGCUUGGAGAGCUGUCUGACAGGCCUGAGAGACUAUGUGCUGAAUCAUUCUUCUCCCUACAUGAAAAAGUUGAAAGUGGUGGACCUCACGGGUAUAAAAGAUGUUGAAGUUCAGUCUUGUGAGUGUAAGAAGAGAAUGGGCAGGUGGACCAGAACACAGUUGCUCUCUAAGCUUUGUUUGGAACUGCUGGUUUACCUGCAACAAACACAGUGCAACCCAGGUACCUUUGAAAUCAGUAUCGAUGUGUUCAUUGAUUUGUAUGUUACAGAGCGGAACUAUGAGCUGGUGGUGCAGGCCCUGCUAAAGAAAUGCUACUGUCCACUAAAGAUCUGCUGUGUGGCAUUCAGAUCUGACAACCUGGCUUUGCAGAAAUUCUUCUACAUCAUAAAGCUCACUGAUCCUUCUUUGUUGCGCAAACUGGAAAUAGUUCACAAUGUUCGCUUGGAAAUGGAACACCUGGAAAUACUCUUCAACAGUAUUCACUUUCCUCUAUUGAUGUCCUUGACCUUGCCGGCACGAACAUUUAAUGUGCGGAGGUUCACAGAUGCAGAUGAAGGGAUACUUGCUAAUAUUGGAGAAAAGAUGGGUGAAAUGACACAGCUGACUGAGCUGAGUAUAUCCUUUUCUAUACUCACAGGAAGAAUACGGAAACUGCUCAGUCCACUAAAAACUCCACUGAAGAUGCUGGAUAUUUCUAACUGUUCACUAAACCAUGCUGAUAUGGCCUAUUUAGCCAACAGCUUCCAUGCUAAUCACUUAGAAGCCCUGGACCUGAGUGGUCACAAUAUACAUGACCUUUACCCAUCAACAUUCUUUAAGCUUCUCAGCCAUUCCUCUUCAGUACUCAGAAGUCUUACCUUGGAGGACUGUAAUAUCCAAGACACUCAUCUCAACAUGUUGAUUUUAAGUUUAAGUCCUUGUCAGAAACUACAGGAGUUUAAGUUUAUUGGAAAUCCGCUGUCAUCCCAAGCGCUUAAACAGCUUUUUGCAUUUCUCUGUGAAUUGCCAAUGCUGAAAACUGUGGAGUUCCCAGUUCCAAGGGACUGCUACCCUACUGGCAUCACCUACCCAAUUGAUGAUGCCAGUCUCUGCAGAUUCGAUCAAAGAAAAUACGAAAGUGUAGCAGAGGAACUUAACCUCAUCUUACUCCAAGCAAACAGGGAGGAUGUGAAAGCUUCAACUCCACUCUUUGGCAGCUAUGACGCAGCUGUUGAGGAGACAAACAAUGAACUGGGAGCUUAUCUGAUCAAGUCCUUCAAAGAGACUUUAGAAAAGUUCACUACUUCUUUAAAAAUGAGUUAAAGAUGCAAUAUGGUGAUGAGCUGCUGUCAAAUUAGAAGUUAGGGUUUUCUAGAACUAUACCUUCAUUGAUCAGUCUUGAGGUUUAAUUUCUCAGCUGAAUUUACUUUUGAUCAAAUAGCCUCUGAUCAUCUGAGGUAUUUUAACUACACUGUAUCUAUUGCAUACACCUUACAUAAGCACUAUUUGCUUGCAAAUGAGGACCCUUAAGACCUUAUUAUUUUUCAC